AUGAUUUGUUACAAAAUUAAAUGGUCUACUUUAUCAAUUAGCGUUGCUUUAAUAAUCAUCAUUGUCUAUGCAAGCAGUGGAUUGUACACUCUGCUUGAUAUAACAACAGUGAUGUCAAUGCCAUUCGUUAAUGACAAUAAUGAGACACAUCUAUGGCCUAUUACAUCUUCUUCAGUGGCAAUGUUCCUUGAUUGGAUAUCACUUUGUGUUUACUUUGCCAUUGCUCUUCUAACUAUUUUUCUUCUUUGUGCUAUCCAAUUAAAUAAAUCAUGGCUUUUAUUUCUAUGGUCCAUAGUCAUGAUAUUUAUGUUACUUAUUGAUGGUAUUGUUACUAUACUUUCACUUCGACAAUAUCAACAACAAGUUUAUCGACUAUCGAAACAAGUGAAAAUUCUAUUUUUUCUCAUGAUUAUUCGUCUCAUUGUUUCAUUGUGUGCUAUUUGCAUAAGUAUUUUUCAUUUUCGCCAAUUAAACAAAGUUAAAUCAGAAUAUUUAAAUAGACAAAGGAUGUUAAUUCGUUACAAUACGGAAUGUGCCUCUCCAUCCUAUGACAGUUCGUGGACACGUUCUAUUGGCUUUUUAAAUCCAUCAAAAGAUGCUAGUGAUGAACAUUUAAUGCUUGAUCUUCCAUCAUCUAUCUCAGUGCCAAGAACGAAUAUUGCUACUGUUCAACGUCAACAAAAAUCCACCAUGUUUCAUUCAAGAAAAUCACUUCAUCAACAAUCAGAAUAUAUUGAUUAUCGUCAUCAACGGCCCAUAAGUGAAUGUAACGAAAAUUUUCGAUAUAAUAUACCAUUACAAGAACGAUUUUAUCAACAGAAAACAUCAGAUAUUGAAGGACUCUAA